AUGGUGACAGCUUGGGGCGAGGUCUGUCGCCAAUGCGUCAGUAGGGUCGCAGAAGUCCCAAUUCAAAUCCUGCUGGUCACAAUAUCAGCUACUCUCCUAGGUCUAUUUGUCCUGUUCUCCCUCUUCAUAUACCUCGUCGCGCCAUCCCCCCGCCUCCCCCUCUCAGAAGAAAAGAAGUAUAGAACUCUAGCCAAAGAUGGCUCCGUCACAGAGCCCCAACAACUUCCCUGCUGGCUCGACAGCCUAGAAAAGCAGCUCCAAAACGGCGAGUCCCAAGCCAAAAGCAUAUCCGCGCCGUCUCUCGAACCGGCAGACCUCUUCAUGUCCGUCGUCGUACCAGCCUACAAUGAAAAAGACCGGUUAAACGGCAUGCUGGAAGAAGCAGUCAACUACCUCGAGCGCAUGUACGGCACAGCAACAAAACUCGUAAACAACAGCAGCGAGACAGAGACAAGCAUAAUCGAGACCCGGUCAAUGCGGAAACGCAAACCCGUGCCCGACACCACCACCACCACCACCACCACCACCAACGGCAACGCGAAUGGACACAUCACAGCGCCAGACCGCGGCUGGGAAAUCAUUCUCGUCUCAGAUGGAUCAACAGACCGCACGGAAGAAGUCGCGUUCCGCUUUGCGCGCGAUCACCAGCUCUCUCUCCAUCCCAAGGGCAAUGCUGGACCAUGGACGCCUCAGGUUUCCGAGGGUGUGCAUAUCCCGCCUGGAACAAUUCGGGUUGUGAGCUUGACUGAGAACCGGGGGAAGGGGGGUGCUGUUACGCAUGGCAUGCGCCAUGUUCGCGGGCAGUAUGUUGUCUUCGCGGAUGCGGAUGGCGCGAGUAAAUUUGAUGACCUGGGUAAGCUUGUUGGGGCGUGUCGGGAUGUCGAGGAUGCGCGUGGGCGUGGUGUGGCUGUUGGUUCGCGCGCGCAUAUGGUUGGGAGCGAGGCUGUUGUUAAGCGCUCUAAGCUACGCAAUUUCCUUAUGCAUUCCUUCCACUUGAUCUUGUGGUUGAUGACGCCUCCUAAGACUGCUACGGUGAAGGAUACGCAGUGUGGGUUCAAGCUGUUCUCGCGUCCUGCGUUGCCCUUUAUUGUGCCGUAUAUGCACUCCGAAGGCUGGAUCUUCGAUGUCGAGAUGCUUAUGUUGGCUGAGUUUGCACACAUCCCCGUGGCUGAGGUACCCAUUGGCUGGAGGGAAGUCAAGGGGAGCAAGUUGAAUGUUCUUCGUGAUAGCAUUGGCAUGGCUUGGGGUCUGGCUGUCCUGCGGGCGGCUUGGUCUCUUGGUGUGUAUAGACAGCGCUGA